UAUUCAAAAUGGCAGACGACGAUGAGGAACCAAAUCAUGGAAAUGUGACUAACAGCGAAAUGAAACAGAGCAGUUCACUGCAACAAAUGCUUGAUUCCAUAACUAAAGAACGAUCAAAGCCAAGUUUUUCCAUAAGUGGUGAUUUUGAGUUGAUCACAAACGAGGUAUCAAAAUUCUGGACUGAACUGUUUUCCAAAUAUUUCUUAAAGAGUUCUCUUGGAAGUGAUGACGGUAGAGAUGAUAUGUUAUUUUAUAUAAGAAAGUCUCCAGAUUUGAAAAACAAGUCUUUCUUAAAGCCAGAAAUUGAAGUUUACAGAAAAGAUUCUAAGCUGAAGCCAUCGUUACAAGAUGAAAGUGUAGACUGGGAAGAAACAGUUUACCUCAACAUAAUUUUACACCAGUUUGAGUACACAAUUACAUGUGCAGUGUGUACAAGAACUAGUAACAAAGAGUUGCAGAUUUUGAAGAAAUUUUCACAGCGAGUAUAUCCCUCACCAAGUAAAAGACAGAUGGACAGUAAAGGAACACAUGAAGAAAUUGCCUAUCCUAAUAUAUAUUUCACUGUUGAUAAUUUUGAUGAUGCCUUUACAGAUAUCAUUGUAAGGGAUAGUGAAAUGGUUUGUGUAGAACUAAAAGCUGCUGACAGAACUGGUAUUUUUCAAGGAGUUAUCUUUCUUGGUUCUAUAAGAUAUGAAUCCUUAAAAAAAGUUUAUGAUGCCAGAGCAAGCCUUACAUCUAAAGUGGUGCAGUCAAUGUCCUUAGGCUGGUUGACAAAGUCUCACAAGAGAGUAGAGUUUGUAAGAAUGAGAGGACCACAUAGUAAAGGCCAUGCUGAGAUGGCAGUCAGUAGAGUUAAAGGGUCAGGGCCAGAGACACCAGACAUUGAAAACUUCCCUGUCAAUGAUUUUGAAGACUUAGACAGUCAACAAGAGGAAAACCAGUAUACACAGAGAAGAAUGAGUGAUCCAAAUGCUUCCUUUGGCUCUCUUGUCAGAGGUGGUAUAAGAAGAUUAAGUAUGAAAAAGUCAAGGUCAGAAGCAGAAAGGAUUAAUGAUGACAUGACAGACGGCUUUCAUGAAGUAGAGGCUAGUUCUGUACACGAUGAAUUAGAAAAUGGUGAAGAAAGUGUUGGAUUUAUAGGUAGAACAUUUGGACAAGCAUGGCAUUUAUUUAAAGAAAGAAAAAGAGCUAAUAGUGUGGCAUUAAACGCAUAUCUUACAUAUGUGACUUUACCUUGGUAUCGAAUAAUAGCUGAUGUUUUAGAUGUACGACAACAGCCAGUUCUAGUGUUCUAACUCUUAGGAACAACAAUGUAUUAUCAAUUUCAAGUUGAAAGUUCCAUGUCUUUGUAAUAUGACAGAUGAUCAGGGAUGUUCUACAUGACUGCAUGUGAGAUAAAGUGCCCUGUAAAUGACUAUGAAUGUGUAUAUUAGAUAAGAAGAAAGAAUAGGACAACAAAAAACAUUGAUAUGGCAGCUUUAUGGUUAGCAGUGCAACACAUUUUUUUAUAAAUAAACAAUCAAAUUUUUUAAAAUUGUGUGAGUUUAAAAAAAAAGAUAUGGCUGUGUGAAAAAGGUUUGAAUCAAUAUCAAAAAUCAAAAGAUUUUAUUUCCGUGAUUUUGAAAGAUCUUUUUAUGUAUAAAAUAAGUUUUGAGAUUGCUUAAGGUUGUCUGCUCAAAGUUUGAAUUACCAUUUGCCUAAAUCUUCAAAUGAUGUCUUGAACUGCUAAAGUUUGUAUUGGUUUGAGUACAUUAACAAUGUCCCUUUUGUUAUGAGAUAUUCUGUUGCUAUCAAGUUAAUCCUUUAUAUUUUUUGGUUGAAAAAAAGGAAGGGAGUAGGUCCUUUUUCUAGACCCUCUUAUUAAAUGUAUGUUUUUUUUGUAUUUUUUUAAAAUGAUUGGUACAUGCAAAACACUGAUUACAAUGAUAGUAAAUUCUUUAAAGAUUUCAAUCGUUUAUGUUUUAUCUUAGAAUAAACUUAUUUCUAUAAUUAAUGUGUACAAUAUAAACAGAGACUUUUUGAUAUAAAAUAUAAGGGACCAUUUACCAUAUUUAUUUCAAGAUGUUGUAUUUGUGCAAUGCUUUUUAUUUGUUGAUCUUUGCCCUUCACUGAAAUCCAAUUGUUGUUUUAUGAAGCAUUUUAUGAGGUACUAGUUUGAAAUGUGAUUUAUAUAUACAUAUUUAUGGUUUUUUUUUUUUUUUUUUUUUUAAUGCAUAUUAGAAGAAGGUGCUAUUGAAAUAUAUCUAGUGCAAUGAUUUGAUAAUUUAUUUAUUAUUUAGUAACCUCUCAAUACUAUUUUUACCUAACAGAAUAACUUUAUUCAAGGCAGAAAGCUUAUUAUACAAUUGUCUGAUUUAAUAUGGUAUUAAAACAUGAAAACUGUAAAUCCAGAUUAUUUUAAAGGGAAAAUAUAGAGUUCCAUUGCUUUGAUUUAAAAGACAAGAUUUAAAAAACUCAACAUUUAAAGAAACACCUUAAAUUUUAUUUGUUUGAUUCUGCAUGCAAUUUAAUGCAUUUGCAGAUUAUUUUGGGGCUGAAAUUGCAUUCAAUAUUUCAUAUAUAAAUAUGCUCACUUCUUUCCUUUGUCACUUUUAUAACAUUGAUCUGUUCUAUGCCAAAACAUUUUUUUAUAAUCAGGAAAACAAACUCCUUUUUUCCAUGUUUGAUUUCUAUGUGCACGUAUGAUGGCACGAUUUCAUUUGUUUUAAUAAAUGACUGAUUUUGGUCAAUUGUUAGGUAACACAUUCCAUAUCUUAAACAUGACCUGAAUUACAUGUAUGAUGUAUAUUUUCAUUUAAUGUUGUGUAAUUGUACUUCAAAUAAAUCAACCUACCCAUCAAUGCUGAGGGGAUAGGAGGGGUCCUGAUCCCAAAAUCCCAGGCUUAAAAACACGAAAUUCCGAGGUCCCAUAUUUAGAUAAUUUAAAUCCUGACAUUCCAAAUUUCGAAAAAAAGAAUUCCCGGUUCCCAACAGGGUCAAUCCCGAUAUCCCGACCUUUAAAAUACCCGAUCCCAGAGUCCCGAUAAAGGUCCUAUCCCCCCUCAAUGCUGUAUCAAAACAAAAUUUUGAGACGGGGCCAUUCAUGUUGCUUUGACACAUCUAGUUUGAACUCAUACUCCAAAAUCUACUAAUCAAAAUGCUGGAUUUCAUGUUUCAAGCAUGAUUUUUCUGCUUCAACACACAAGUUUUAUGACUUCAACCUCUUGAAACAACUAAAAAAUAUAUUUUUCUCAAAAACCACUAUAAAAAAGCCCUUAUGGAAUGAAUUGGCAAUUGUGUCCUAUAGAAAAUGCUAAGGUUAUCACAUUUUUAAACACAAAGUAAUUUUGUACCUAAAUAAGUUUGAUAUUAGUAGUAUUACAUUUGCAAUUGAAUACCAACUCUUGGAAACAGAUUAUCAUAUAUAUUGAAAUGUAUUCUUUUCCAAUUGAAAAAUUCUUAUGAAAUAGCAACAAGAGGACAUUUUUUAUUUUGAAAAUAAGGAUAAUCAUGAAAUUUUAAAUAUUUAACUUUAUUUUGUAAAUAAAACUUCAAAUAUUUUUUAGGGUACUGGUUACCAUUUUUUUGUCAUAUUUUGUUUAUUUUUAAACAACUAUCUAUGACUACAAAACUCUUUUUACAUCUGUUUUCACUUGCAUAUCCUGUUUCAGUGAUUAUGAAAUAUUCAUUGUGUUGUGAGUACAUAAAGAUUACUUACAGAAAACAGUAGAAUGUGUAUUAGCCAAUAAUCUUUUUAAAAGAGUAUGCAUUGCCUUCUCUCAUUACUACUUGAUAACAAUGUAUAUUGUAUAAAUAUAGAUUACCAGUGCAUCAAAUGUAUUACAAUAUUUCUUUUGUUGAGACAGUUCAAAUUUAAAAUGAGAGGCUUCCCAAGCAUUUAAUUUUAAAGUCAGAAUGUGUUAAUAGCUGUUGAGAGUAGAGAAUUUACAUAUUGCAUUAGACUUGGUGAUAGAGUCUGUUUCUCUAAAGGUUUUUAGAAGAUAUGCAGAAACUUAUUCCUUCGUUUCCAAUGAUCUUAAAAAAAGAUGUGUUAUUUCUAUAUUACAUUAUCAGACAUGGUUGCAUUUUUCCGUGACUUCAAAAUAACAGUAGGAAAUUUAAAGAACUGAUAUCAAACAAAACACAUUUAUAAUAACUAAAGUCUGGUAAAGAAUAAAUUGUUUAAGAAUAAUAGAAAUAUAGAUUCCUACACUGCAACAAGUGUAUUACAAAUUCUCCACUCCAGGCAGUUAAAUUUUAUAAUUUAAAGCGCUAGGUUAUAGUGUCGGAAUCUGUUUCUCUAAUGAUUUUUAUCCUUCUUUUUCAAAGAUUUUCAGAAACUGCUUUAUAAACUUCUUUAUAUUAUAUGCAACAUCAUCAGGCAUUGUCGCCUUUUUUCAUGGCGUCGCAAUAGGAAAAUUCAGAAGAAAACUAAACAUUUAGACGUCAUAAUCAAAUUUUGACUAAUCAUUUGCCGAGAACAGAUUUUUCACUAGUGAGGAGAAAUAUUUUUCUCAAACCGGUCAGGAAAUGUGAAAAUAGCACAAAAAUGAGAGAAACAAGAUUGUACAUACCUGCAUUCACUAGUCAAAUUAAAAAGAUAAACAAGGUUAUUGUACAAAGUUGUGAUAACAAAAACAUAAUGUAAUAACAAAUGUCCAUAAAUCAGAUCUCAUUUCAUUUUAAAAAAAAAUAUUUAUAACAGACAUUCCUAACUUUAUUAAAUGUUUCAGUCACAAUUAUCAUUUUAUUUCAGUCAUGAGUCAUACUUUUUUUUAUCGCAGUAUCUACAUUAUGUAUUUUGUUGAAUUUGUAAUGAAUUUAUGUAUAUAUAUAUUUAUUUAUUUAUUGUUUUGUUAUUUUCAUUGUUUUGAUCAGAUUUUAAUAUAUAAAAAGCA